UAGUAAAACUCGUGAGUGAGUGAAUUUUUUUUUUAUUUCUCAUCUCAAUUGCAAAAAAAAAUUUUGCAAAUUCCAUUUAUUACCUGUUUCGUCCUAUACUCUGUACUAUAUGUAUACAAAUAUAUAUACAUAUAAAUAUAUGGGUACAUACAAAUACAUUUAACCAUAUACAUAUAUAUUUUAUAAAUAUAUAGAGAUAAAGAUAUUUGGUCUAGUGCAUUCGGUAUUUUAAUUUCACAAUAAUAAAUUUAAUUGUUAUUUUAACCAAACUCUAAAUGCCAAAACUAAAUCCUACUGUUUAAGUUUAAAAAUUUUUUAUUUUUUAAAAAUAUAUAUAUCAACAAAUUAACUUAUAUAAAUUUAAAAUAAAAUUUGAAAAUCAAUAGACUAAAAAAAUAUCAAUAAAUACACGAAUUUAAAAAUUCGUUUUUAAAAAAAUGUUGACAUAUCCAAACUUUUAAUAUUUUUUUAUUUAUUUAUAUUUUUUUUUACUUAGAUAUUUAAUUAAAAGUGUCAUAGAAGUAUAAAAAAAUUUUAAAACUAAUUAAUCAUAGUGUCGAAUUAUUUUAUCAUUGAAAUUAUAAAAAACAAAAAGAAUGGAUGGAAUUAAAAGUGAAGAUGAUAGUCAGCGAACUAUCAACGACGGCGAUUGGCUCUGUCCUGAUUCCCAGUGUGGAAAUGUUAACUUUGCCAGACGCAAUUCCUGCAAUCGCUGUGGAAAGGAUAGAGGCGAGUGUUCAAAGAAGAAAAAACUCGGUCAAGAAAUAGGUAAAGUUGCUGCUGAAAAAAGUCGCGGGUUAUUUAGUGCCGAUGAUUGGCAGUGUAGUAAAUGUGGAAACGUUAAUUGGGCAAGAAGACAACAAUGUAACAUGUGCAAUGCGCCGAAAUUUGGCGAAGUUGAAGAACGAACUGGUUACGGAGGCGGUUAUAAUGACCGUGGGGUAGUCGAGUACAAAGAGCGACGAGAUGACGACGAUGAUGAGUACGAUGAGUUCGGUCGACGGCGUAAAAAAAGAAAAAUCGAUCGCUCCGAUGAUGACUCAAAGGACUCCAAGUACAGUAGCCCCCCUAGAAGUAAAUCUAAAGAUUCCAGUACCGAUAAAAUAGUCGACGAAUCCGAAAUCCGCGAAGUCAAAAAUAAUUUUAAUGAAGAAGAUAAUGAAGACGAAGAUGAUGAUGAAGAAGGCGAUUUAUCCAAAUAUGAUUUGAGUGAAUGGGAUGAUUUUGUACCAGAAAAGAAAAGUACCAAUGGUAGUGCCAAUUAUUCUGACCAACAACCUUCAAGGUGAAAAGGAAGCUGACGGAGCUCGAAAAAUGCCACAAGCUUUGAUUAUUAAUUAAUUAAUUGAUAGAUAAUAAAUAUUUUAAAUGGUUAUAUUAUAUAUUAUAUAUAUAUUUGAUCGCAGAGACUAUGAUUUGAAUUAGAUCGUACUUGUGUAAAAACUUUAAGUAUGAUUAUUAAUUUGAGUAGCUUACGCGCGUUAAUUUAUCGAUGUGAUAUUUUAACAGUCGACACUCUAAUAUAUUUAUUUAAAUAUAUAAAGAAAAAAAAUUAUAGACUAAUAAAGAUUAAAAUAUUAGAGUGUGCAG